UGCUUGGUUAGGUGAACAUGUAAAAUACUUCUCGUGAAAGCUAACAAUACGUCUUGCUCCCGUUGGCUGAACUUUUGUGAUUGUACAGCCUAUUUUGUAUAUCUAGUAUAUUUCAUUUCGCAGUUUUAUAAUCAAUAAGCAGGAAGUAACUAAAAAUGUCGUUGGCCGAUGAACUACUGGCUGACUUUGAGGAUGCUGGGGAGGAGGUGGAGGAAAAUGAAGGUGAAGGACAGAUGUUGGAGCUUGCAGAAAUCGAUGAUGUUACCAUGGAAACACAGACUGUCAGCAAAAACUCUGUCCGAAACAUUGCAAAACUGCGGGAUGGUGAAGAGCUGACCGAAGUUAUGAAGAAAAUAGAGCAGUAUUCAAAACAGAAACGAAAAGAAGCAGUGGCCGGUCCUGUUGAGUUUGACCCAGAAUACCAGCUCAUUGUGCAGGCAAACAACCUCACUGUGGAAAUUGACAAUGAAAUCAAUGUGAUACAUAAAUUCACCCGUGACAACUAUUUAAAGAGAUUUCCAGAGCUUGAAUCUUUAAUCAGCGACCCUCUACAGUUUGUGUGUACAGUGAAGGAGUUGGGGAACAACAUUCUUGAGAACAGUAAGAACAGCACGGCCCUUCAGGAUAUUCUGACAUCAGCCACCAUUAUGGUUGUCAGUGUCACCUCAUCAACCACACAAGGGGCCUUGUUGACAGAUGAAGAAUGGAGGAUUGUCGAGGAAGCCUGCGAUAUGGCUCUUGAAUUGAGCGAGUACAAGAGAAACAUCCAUGCGUAUGUGGAGUCCCGGAUGACGUUCAUAGCACCAAAUCUCUCCAUCAUCGUGGGGGCAUCCAUCGCUGCAAAAAUCAUGGGAAUAGCUGGUGGUUUGACUAACCUUGCCAAGAUGCCGGCGUGUAACAUCAUGUUGUUGGGGUCUCAGAGGAAGAUCUUGGCGGGGUUUUCAUCUUCCACAAUGCAGUCCCACUACGGUCAUCUGUAUGAGUGUGAACUUGUACAGAAAUCUGCACCGGAUCUUCGAAAGAAGGCUUCUCGCUUGGUAUCAGCUAAAUGUGCGCUGGCCGCACGUGUGGAUAGUUUCCAUGAGUCAGUUGACGGCAAGAUUGGGGACUCACUGCGGGCGGAUAUUGAGCAGAAACUGGACAGGCUUCAGGAACCACCCCCUGUCAAACAUGCGAAGGCCCUCCCCGUGCCCAUAGACCAGGCCAGGAAAAAACGUGGUGGUCGCAGAGCAAGAAAGAUGAAGGAGCGACUCGGUCUUUCAGAAAUGAGGAAAGCUGCAAACAGAAUGAACUUUGGAGAGAUUGAGGAGGACGCGUACCAGGAAGACCUCGGCUUCUCGCUGGGAACCAUGGGUAAAUCAAAGACAGGAAGGAUCCGCGGACCAAUUGUUGACUCCAAAACAAAGGCCAGGAUUUCAAAGUCUCUUCAGCAAAAGAUCCAGAAGGAGCGUCAGACAUGGGGCGGUAGUACAACAGUGAAGAAACAGGUGUCCGGAACAGCCUCAAGUGUGGCGUUUACACCGUUACAGGGUCUCGAGAUUGUCAAUCCCCAAGCUGCAGAGAAGAAAGCGGCUGAAGCUAACGCCAAGUAUUUCUCCAGUACGGCCUCAUUUGUCAAGGUGGAGAAAGAGAUCUGGCACAAAUGAUCAUGUGUACAUUGGGGGGAUGAGAGAGAAAAGGUUCAAUCUGUGUCUUUAUUCAAUGGCACUUAGAGCCUUUUCGCCUUCACCCCUAGACAUGUGGUGUAUAAGGGUUAAGUCCGGAAAUCAAACAUCUGAUGGUUGGAUUUUUCCAAAGAAACUACUGGUAGUGUAUUCCAGUCGUUCAAAUUUUCAAUUUGAAUUGUUCUACUUUUUGAAUAAACACCAAUGCUUUAUAAAAGUUAAUAUUAAAGUUUUUGGUGUGUAGUUGUUCAAGGUGACUUUUAACAAUAACUGUACAUGUUUACAUGUACUACUACUACUACUGUGUAGCCUGAAGACAGUUAUAUUACAAAUGAGACAAGGAAGGGUAAAAAAAAUUAUUGUCUGGUUCAACAUUGUUUUAAGGAACACGAUAUUGUUUGUAUACUAAGUUUCUUUGUUUCCUGGGGAGAACACUGAAGGUAUCUGGAAGUGAAAGGGCAUUUACUAUCAAUCAGUUCUUUUGCCCUAUUAGUACAAGAAAACUUUGUUAAUAUCUGUGCAUAUUUGUAUAUUUGAUAUAAUUAAUUGUAUGGAGUAAUGAAUCAUAAGAUGUAUUGUUGGAGAGAAAUGCCUUCUUUAGAACAGAACAGAUUACUGCAAAUGCUGUUUAAGACAUGUAUUGAUGUAUUGUAUUGAUGCUGUUAAGUGGAUACUAUCUUGUUCAAUAAACAAAUGCAAAUACUA